CUAACCACCGCCCCUUCCUCAACCAGCGCGCCGCACCAUGGGGCUCUCGUUCUCGCGGAGUUUCAAGCCUGAGGACCUGCCAGACAUGACGGGCAAGGUCGUCCUCAUCACCGGCGGCGCGGCAGGCGUCGGCUUUGCCGUCGUGCAACACCUCGCACGGCGCGGCGCGACGGUCUACAUCGCCGCACGCAGUCAGGACCGUGCGGAGGACGCCAUCAAGCGGAUCUGUGCGUCGGGUCUCGCGCCGGGCAACGGCCGCAUCGACCACAUCGAGCUCGACCUCGCCGACCCGCGCACCGCCAAGCGCGCGGCGGAGACGUUUCUGCAGAAGGAGGAGCGCCUGGACAUACUGAUCAACUGUGCGGCUAUCAUCAUCUGUCCAUAUGAGAAGACAUACGAUGGCAUACAGGACGUCGUCAUGGUCAACUAUAUCGGACACUUGGUAUGGACGAUGACGCUGCUUCCCUUGCUCAAGCGGACCGCGCGCGAGCCAAAUAGCGAUGUCCGGAUCGUCGACGUGUCCUCUGACGGCUAUGAUGCCGUGCGGCAUCCGGUACAGUUCAACUCGGUCGAGGACUUCAACUUGGAGUACAAGGACAACGUGUUCCCCUGGCCUGCGCUGAUGCGGUAUUGCUACAGCAAGCUGCUUGUUAUGUUGCGCGCUCAGGAACUGCAACGACGGCUCGACGCAGAGGGUGUCCCAAUCAUGGUGCUCACGACACACCCUGGCGCGAUCAAUUCCGAUGGGGUACGGAAAUGGGUCGACUCUCUCGGGGACGGCCUGCUUGCCGCAGUUGUGAUGUACUUGAUCAACCUGUUCUUCACCAUGCCGACGCAUGGCGCAUAUAGCACAGUGUUUGCUGCCGCCGCGCCGCAAGUCCGCGCAGAGCAGCGCAAAUAUCAUGCGGGGUACAUACGGCCGCCAGGGAAGCUUGGGGAGGUGAACGCGAAGGCGCGUGACCCGCAGCUGGCGCAGGAUCUGUGGGCGCUGACGGAGCGAGUGCUGGGAGAUAUCGGGGUGACGCUGUAGGUGCGCGGACUCAAUCGCUAUCUCCUAUGUUUCAAAUUACAUUGCGUCAUAUACCGUAGCUUGAAUAUGCACCGUAGAUCGUUCGAAUUUGAAUGGUCGCGAAACUAGCGCCCAUCCACUGGGGUUG